AUGGCCGCAUUUGGAACUAAGAAAGAACUCAAGGGAAGAGAUGGUAGGAAGAAGGUCAUAAACAUGAACAUCACAAAAGUGUAUACCCCAACUAAUGAUGCAGAAGAGGACAAUAAAGAUGCCUUUUACAACCGCCUGCAAAGUGGGAUCGACAAACUUCCAGGUAAGGACAUCAACAUUGUCAUGGGAGAUCUACAUGCAAAGUUAGGUCCGGACAAUAGCCACUGUGGGGAAAUCAUGGGCAGACACGGAUUAGGAGAGGCAAAUGACAACGGAGAAAGAUUCCAGAGCUUCUGUGCAUUCACAACUUGGUUAUGGGAGGAACGAUCUUCCCACAUAAAAAGAUUCAUAAGGCUACUCGGGCCUCCCCAGAUGGGACGACGGAAAACCAGAUUGAUCAUGUUUGCAUCUCCCGAAAAUUUAGACGCUCACUGGAGGACGUCCGAGUCUUACGAGGAGCAGACGUCGCAUCAGACCACCAUUUGGUCCUUGGAAAUAUGA